CGGCGGCGGCUCCCAGCAUGGUGCGGUGCGGCGGGGCCGUGCUGCGGAAGUAUGGCAACUUUAUAGAUGAUUUACGGCUCUAUGUGAGAGGAGGAACAGGUGGAAUGGGUUAUCCUCGUCUAGGUGGGGAAGGAGGGAGAGGUGGCGAUGUCUGGUUCGUCGCCCGAGAAAGAACUACCUUAAAGAGCAUAAGGGACAGAUAUCCCCAGAAGCGAUUUGUAGCUGGAACAGGAGUCAACAGCAGUGUUAAAGCACUAAAAGGUGAAAAAGGAAAAGAUUGUGAAGUUCAUGUGCCUCUAGGAAUUUCAGUUCUUUGUGAUGAUGGCAAGCAGAUUGGAGAGCUUAAUGCAGCAGGAGAGAGAUUCCUAGCAGCUCGUGGAGGUCUUGGAGGCUCUUUGGCCACAAACUUCUUGCCUUGCAAAGGUCAGAGGCGAAUUGUUCGUCUUGAUUUGAAACUUAUAGCAGAUGUUGGCUUAGUUGGGUUUCCAAAUGCGGGAAAAUCAUCCUUGUUAAGCAAGAUUUCUCAUGCCAAACCUGAGAUUGCGAAUUAUGCAUUUACAACAAUACAGCCUGAACUAGGAAAGAUCAUGUAUGCAGAUUAUAAGCAGAUUUCAGUAGCUGACCUCCCAGGACUGAUUGAAGGCGCACAUGCAAACAAAGGGUUGGGCCACAAAUUUCUCAAACACAUAGAAAGAACCAAACAGCUUCUCUUCGUUGUUGAUAUUUCUGGGUUUCAACUGUCUAUUAAGACUCAGUUCAGAACAGCCUUUGAAACUAUAUUGCUUCUAACGAAGGAACUGGAGCUGUACAAAGAGGAACUUCUAACAAAGCCUGCACUUCUUGCCAUUAAUAAAAUGGAUUUGCCUUGUGCAAAGGAUAACUUGAAUGAACUUAUGAAGCAACUACAGAAUCCUCAAGACUACUUACACUUACUACAGGAAGAAAUGAUUCCUGCAAAUACACUUGAAUUCAAAGAUAUAAUUCCUGUAUCUACAUGUACUGGAGAAGGAAUUGAGGAACUAAAAGCAUGUGUAAGAAAAUCCAUAGAUGAGGAAGCAGAGCAGGAGAAUGAAGAGUAUCGGAAAAAGAAACUACUACUUUUACAAACUUCAGAAAAACAAAUGAAUAGAAGCUAGCAUUCUUGGCUGGAUACAAUGCAUUUUAAUAUUCUUAGUAUGUACGUGAACCCACUGCUAUGCAGACCUUCCAUUUAAUUUUUGUUCUCUCUACCACCACUGCCCAGUUCUCUGCUCCCCCCCAUUGUCUCAAUUUCUUUUGGCAGUUGGGUGGAGCACAGUGGGGAAAAGAACAGGUUUUUCUGAUUUAUGUUGGCUACCGACUCAACAGAGUAAAGACCAAAGUAUGUGCAGCUCAAAGCACUGCUUUAACAACUGAUGAUCCCUAGCAUAUUUUUUGCCAAAUGAGACGAAUGGAAGGAAUAUAACCCGCGCAGGUAGCAAAGGAGCAAGUUCAGCCACUCUGCAUCUUCUGCCACGGGCAUCAGAAACACCGCAGGAAAUUUCUGAUGGAGCAGUUUUCCAGGGUCUAGUGCUUCUAAGGUGAACCAGUUCUGCUACUUUGACAGGCACCUGAUUGUGGGGGGUUUGUUAUUUUUAAAGAUUUAAAGGAAAACACAAAUAAAUGGCCGCAAGGAAGUGACUUGCAGGAGCAAGAAAAAGCAAGGCUGAUGUGUAAUGUUUUUUUCACAGCUGCUGGUGCCUACUGUAGUCCUCUUGAUCAUAUAAAUCCUGAUUCCAAAUUCCCAGACUUAAUUUGGGAUUCCCUCCUUUUAUGGAGUUGUGGGUAUAUGUUACUUCUUAGUGAAGAAAAUGAUGACUGCUUUUCAACAGAGCUAUGCAUUUUUGGGAAUAUUUAAUGUUCCAGUUUUUGUAUUACAAGCAGGCCCACUUAUAUUUUACUUUUUUAAAAAAAAAUUGGAGUCCUUUAUUGUACAGGAUGUUUUCUACUUCAAAGCUAUUAAAUUGAUUGCAAAGCAAAGACUGAAUAC